AGGGCGGAAGUAUCGUCCGUUGGGAGCAGAAGUGGUGGCUGGGUUGUUUCGGUUUGGAGCGUAGCGCGCAGACGGUCGUCUCAGAGUCUGCGACCCGGAGGUCCACCGAACAUGAUCGACGCCGGGGGAGCUAUGAGGCUUAUGCGCGUGAUAGCGUUCUUCUGCUCCCUUUCUUGCUCGUUCUCCAUCCCUGCGGGAAGGCAAUACCUUAUGCAGAAUCCAAACCCAUACUACAGGUUGGAAGCAGAAGAAUCGGGAGAGUGCAUAUUUCAGAAGUCGAGGGAAGGAGAGUACACCUUUGUAUCGACGGGAAGUGACAACGUGUGUGCAUUGUACGUGUCCGCCGACCCGGACUAUGUCAUCGAACUUCAAAUUCUACGGUUCGACAUAAGCUGUACGAAAGGAGGAUUACUAACGGUCUUCGAUGGGUGGGAGCACAGCGGCCAAUUUUUUCCUAGCCCAGAGGACCAUCCGAAACCGAUGGACCAGAGGUUCGCGGAGUACUGCGGGCCCAUUAAACCCAGGAAGCCGUUCGCCACAUCUCAGAACGUCGGGGCCAUUCUCUACAGGGUACCGACGAGGGGAAACUACUUCUCCGUUCUUGUCACGUUCAGACGAAACCCCAAGAGGUGUAACGUGUUUCUGAACCCACUGUCGACCAGUCCCGUGUACACGAUACGAAACUACGGCCGACGUGUCAACUGUUCUGCCGUGUUUAUCUAUCCUAUGAACUUAAGGAUACUGGCGACGAGUAUUGGCACUCAGGGUGUAGGAGCAUCUCCAAGCUCUGAACUUGAGACGGGCCUUAUCACCAAGUGUGAAAAGAGAGGUAUGACGGAUUUUGCCGAAUUCAUGGGCGGCAACGGGCUCGACACUGCCACGAUGCUUACCGUAGGAGACGUCUGUGGUCUAGACUCGACAGCAAGCAGCAAAGCAAUCCAGAUCCCUUGUGGUACGACGGCCGUGCGGUUGGUCGCCAGCGGUCGCUACGAAGAUUCCCUAACCUUCGGCUACGAACCAAUCAUCGAAAUCAACAACUUCCACAUUUGCUCCAAAGACGUGAUGGCCGUGUGACAGCCUGUAUGGAGCUGCUGUACUACUGGAUCUACCGCUUCCGCAGCCUACUGAGCCAGUCAGCCUCGCGCUUGCGGAGUAGUCUGCUAUUUUUGAGUUGACCCUUUCGGCCACCCCGUUUGGCGCAAUCCACUGUAAAUGCGACACGUUUUCUGUGCUUGGAACCUUGGGUUCCGCAGUUUCCGUCUGUUCUCGGUUGAAUUCACUCUCCGCCUUUUACUCGAUGGCAAGCGAAGCCGCUUCAUAACUCUUGUUCGAAAUUACGCUAAUGACAUGCUGAGUACACUAGAUGCAUCGAACGAAUGUAUAGAACAUGCUUGCAUCUUUCAAAUGUGAACACACAGUUAUCGCAAGUUUACGAUAAAAUUAUGUACCGCAUUCGGAGGCCGAGAGGUCUGUGACGUUUUGUCAGAGGGACCGAGUGUCCCUCGAUGGGGUCGAGUGUUUAUAACAACUUACUUUAUCUAUACUUCGUUAUUUAUGACUUACUUCACCGUUCCCUGUUCGUAACAUCCUAGUACAGUGGUCCUUUUUUUUGCUUUUUGUUUAAGCAGCAAAUGAGCUUACUUCUUCAUGUCAAGGUUUGAAAAUGCAUGUCGUGCACACAACAUGUUGUAAAGGUGUAUAUGUACCAUAAUAUGCUGUGCAUCAUGUACACCACAAAGCACAUGAACACAGCCCGUGCGAUUGAAAUGUCUGUUGUCAACCGAGGUGUAUGAAAGACAAUCAAGCAAAUAACGCUACGAUAAGCGUGGUAGAUUUUAAGCGUAAGAAAUAGCGUGCUGUGUACUGUUUGCAUUGUUGACUUGUCUUUCAGGUAAGAACGCGAAGCGGCAUCAUCUGUUAAAUCCGUAACACACACACUGGACCUAACGUGGGCAUCCAUGUAAACACACAUAACAUACUAAUAUGCGGAACAAGAAGAAGACGUUAACGCAUUCGUCAAGUGGCUUCGCGCUUAGUGCCAGAGUUCACAAUCACUCCUGCACCUGGAACCACAUUCCACCACUCGUUUUCGCUCUCUUACGACCAUUUGCGUUUCUUUACUCUGUUGGCUGAAUAUUCAUACAAGCACCUGCGUCAGUUCGACAUGUAUACACACAGGUACUGCGUGUGUGUGUAUAUAUACAUAUAAAUAUAUACAUAUAUUUAUGUCACGUGCGACAAUGCCUAUUUUGUAAAGACUUGCAGAGCAAACACUUCCUUUUUCCAACGAUGUACAAAGGGCGCACUGUGUUGUCCUUCAUUGUCGUCUCGGCCCUGUGUAAUAUGAUAGUGUGCUAUGGAGAAAAUACAAUAAAAAGAACGAGAUGUGAAUGUGAAUAAAGUUUUCCCUAACAGA